AAAAACACGAGAAUAUCAGUUCGAAUUUCUGUGUUGCCGCCUAUUCCCAUGCGAAUCUCUAGUCGAUGCUCAUGGAGCUUCUGGGGCAUUCAAGUUUAACGACGGCUCCAUGACUCGGAAUAAUCUCCGCGAUCAUUUGACUUGGUUGUUGGCCAACGUUGCUCUAUCUGCGCCGAACGCGCCUUUGCUCCCCGACGCUCGCGAUCUGCCUGGCGAGUUGUCGACGCUCGGUGCCAACGCAUUUCCUCCAUCAACAUCACACCCAACCUUGGGAACCACUGCUCGCACGACCGGUCGAUCUGAAAGUUCCUUCUCCGUACCCCACGCUGCCGUUCGGUCUUUGCGAUCCACCGCAACCAAUGAUUCGAGGACACCGACUAGGCAGGCGCGGGAGGGACUGGAUGAGGACGGUAUAGCAGAAUCUCAGGCAAACAUGGGCCGACUGGUCCAAAACUCGGCAUCCAGAAAACGGACUCUUGUUGUGCAACAGGAACAGCUGCUUACACCGGCUUCAACUACUGGUGCUGGGCCACUGCAGAGAGCCUACUCCGCUUCCUUGAGGAAUCCAGGUGUGCAUCCCUCCAACCCUCGAGCUGAGGCCUUUCAUCUGGAACCUGGGACUAAAGAAUCAGUGAACACAACAAGUAGGAAUGUAUCGCCACAAAGAAAGCCCGAAAUGAAACCGCAGACACCAGUUGUUACUCCUGCCCCUCCAAUAUUCAAUGAAGCCGAACUAGAAACAGUCGACUUAACGGGGGCGGACGAAUUCACCUCUUCAGACUCGGGGCAAUUCGAGUUUGACGAUGAUGUCCGGCUGUGGGCAGAAGACUGUGCUACGCGCCCUGAGCCACCUCCGGAGCGGCGGGGAAAGAAACGCAAAAGCAGUGAGAUCAGCCGACGUACGACGCCAUCCACUGAUGAUUCCGAUGAGGAGUUCCCCAACAUCGAUGAUAUAUUGGAUGACAGUGUAUUGCAUCAAUCUGUUGUCCAUAAUAUGAAGCGUUCUAAGAAACUCACGCCGAGGACACCUGAGCGUCGACGCGAGACGGCUUUGGAUAGUUUCGAGGGUAGUAGGACAACGAACGGGCAGCCUGAACAACCUCGGAGCUCGAAAACAGAGCCCCAUGAACAGUCGACAAAUGCGAUGUGCUCGCCAGCCAAAGGCACGACGCCGUUGAAACGGGCGUCCUCGGACGACUCACUGGUUGCUGACAAGGUCAGAGAAACUCCGCGCAAGGUGGAAUCAGAUCUGGAAGACAACCUUGGAAGCCCCUUUGAAUCGAACCCGCCACCCUCACAAUUACCUCGGCGCGAUAGUCGAGUGAUCCAGGAUUCUGAGGAUGAAUGGGCGACUCCCCCGUCACACCAUGUAUCAGUCGUGACUAUUCAUUCGGCCAGUGACGAGAAAUGCCGGGAAGAAUCAAAAUGUAGCCGUUCACCUGACAACAUUUCCCGUCCCAACGUCUCAAUUAUACCGUCUAAGCCUGGCCGGCCCGCCCUGAAAAGAGAGCCAGAAGCAGAUGUUUCGCCUCCAAGGCGGGGCCUCGGCCAGAAAACUGUAGGGGUUGAAAAGAGCCAUGGUCAAGAUGACACUACUUCCAAAAGCUCUCAAUCUCUGGUUUCCAGUCAAAUCAUGCCCGUACUUAGCGACGACGUGAAGGCUGCUAUUCUGAAGUUCUUCAUUGCCAAACCGUCAGUCGCGCGGAGGAAACGUGGUUUGCUCGAUGAGAAGCUUCAACAGAACCGAGAAGCUUUCCGGGCAGCGGUGAACAGCGGAGAGAUCGAGCAAGGUACUCAGCUGAGGCGAGAAAAAGAACAGCUGACGCGGCAACAAACGGCAUUGGACGCUCUCGCGAAUGAGCAUCAGUCUUACCGAGACCUCAUUGCUGAAAAGGAGUCCCUAGUAGCACAGAUCAUGGACGCCUACGAUCGAGAUCUUGAUACCGAGGGGAGCGAAUCGAAAUUACUCGAGUUGACCAAACAAAUAUCGAAACAGGAAGCAUCUCUUCUCGAUUCGCUAUUGAAGGCUGGAAUCAAUGACAUUGGCUUGUUCCAAGAUCAUGGGCUUUCAUCCAGUGACCGACCACAACGGGUUGUCCAAGCCACGCAAGUUUCACGCGAUACCCCUCAAUCUGCCCGGGUUAGUGAGUAUGGUAUGCCAUCUGAUCGGAACACGGACGUUAUCAUGCAAACCCAAGUACCGCGACAAACAAACCAUUUGGCAAUGUCGAAUCAUCAGAGAGCAGGGGAACGGCCAUUUUCAAGGUCAGCGGGCGGGCAAAGGCAGCAGUCUGCUUUUUCAGUCUCUCGUACGAUCUUUCACCGAGAGACCUCUUUCCCCCCAAGGAAUGAUGGCCAACACCAACAGGCGUUUGCAGAGGAUGAAGACGGCGACGAUCUGUUUGACGAUGACCAGGAUUAUUUCGACGAAAUGCAUUCUCCAAAUACCUGGCAAUCAUUACAUCAGCCCAAGGCGAAUCUGGAGAGUGCUCAGCGCCGCAAAAGUCCUCACAAAGCGCAAUCAAAGCGAAACGAAGGCUAUAUAAGUGGCAGCGAUUAUGGUGAAGACAUCGAUAUGCUCGAAAUCGCCCAAAAUAUUGAGUUGGGUCAAAGCUCGGAGAGAACGUCGCAUAGGCCAUCCCACUCUGUUUUCUCGGAGACGUAUGGGAACUACGGGCCUACCAAACAGAAAACCGCAGUGAAGAGAGCCGCGAGUUCAUCCUGGAGAUCUCAGAUAUCUCCGGAACUGACCAAGUUUCCCUGGUGGCCUGAAGUCAAGAAGGCACUCAAAGACAGAUUCCGAAUGGCGGGCUUCAGACACAAUCAGUUGGAGGCGAUUAAUGCCACGCUCGAUGGAAAGGACGCUUUCAUUCUGAUGCCCACGGGUGGUGGAAAGUCUCUCUGCUACCAACUACCCGCCGUCAUUACCAGCGGAAAGACCGAUGGGGUCACCAUCGUUGUCUCUCCUCUCCUCAGCCUGAUGCAAGAUCAAGUGGAUCAUUUAAAAGCCCUCCAUAUUCAAGCAAUGUCUUUCAACGGCGAAAGCAAACCCGAAUAUCGGCAAGAGGUCUUGAGAACGCUGAGGAAUCCCCACCCGGAGAAUUGGAUCCAGCUCCUUUACGUCACGCCUGAGAUGAUUCGCAAUAGCGCCGCCUUUCGGAAUAGCCUGGUUGCCCUUCAUCGCAACAAGAAGCUCGCUCGUCUCGUGAUUGAUGAGGCACAUUGUGUUAGCCAAUGGGGGCACGAUUUUCGGCCCGAUUACAAAGAGCUGGGUUCAUUUCGACGGGACUUUCCACAAGUUCCUAUCAUGGCUCUUACAGCAACAGCGACCCAGAAUGUUAUUGUUGAUAUCAAACAUAAUCUGGGGAUUGGCCAGUGUAAGGUAUUCUCGCAGAGCUUCAACCGACCCAACCUCUUUUACGAAGUCCUGAGAAAGGAAAAAGACAAUAUUGGUACAAUUGCUGCCCUAAUCAAGAGCAAAUAUCAAGGCCAAACUGGGAUUGUGUACACACUCUCUCGCAAGUCCGCGGAGAACAUUGCCAAGAAGCUCCGCGAACAUCACAUUGUUGCAGACCAUUACCACGCUUCCAUCGACGUAGAAAAAAAGGCCCAAGUGCAGAAGGAGUGGCAGAAAGGCAAUAUCAAAGUCGUCGUAGCGACCAUUGCAUUCGGAAUGGGCAUCGACAAGCCCGACGUCCGUUUCGUUAUCCAUCAAUCGCUGCCAAAAAGUCUCGAGGGGUAUUAUCAGGAGACAGGGCGCGCCGGGCGAGACGGCAAGCCAUCUACCUGCUAUUUGUAUUUCGGCUUUGGUGAUGUGACGCAACUUCGCAAGAUGAUAUCCGAUGGAGAAGGAAAUGAACAACAGAAGGAACGCCAGAGGAACAUGCUUAAUGCCGUGACGGCCUAUGCCGAUAAUCAAAGCGAAUGUAGGCGUGUUGAGAUCUUGCGAUACUUUGGUGAGCCUUUCACGAAAGCCCAAUGCGCGAAGACUUGCGACAACUGCAAGAGGGAUGUAACCUUUGUGUUGAAGGAUUUUACCAACAUUGCUGUGGCCGCAUUGCAACUUAUUCAAGAUGUAGGACAGCUUACGCUCAACCAAUGCGCCGAAAUUUUGAUGGGCCUCAGCAAGAAAAGGCACACUGAAACUUAUGGCUCCGGGAUUGAGCGGUACUCUGGGGCUGCAAAGGGGACACCGAAACAUGAAAUCCAUCGAGUCAUCGACCGACUGGCUAUCGAAGGGGCCCUGGGCGAAGAAAAUGUGGUCAAUCGCAAGGUUGGAAUUGCAAUCCAAUAUUUCAACCUUGGACGCAAUGCCCAACAAUAUUUGUCGGGACGCAAGCGGCUGGAAUUGACAACCCAAACUAAGAGUAGUGGGGGUCAAGAUGGCAGCUCCUCAAAGGUGAAGCCAAAGACGCCAAAAUCGACAGCCCAGAAGAAGCUGGAUUCUUCGAGGCUUCCGCCAUCGACAAACGUGUCGUCGCCAGUUCGAGCCACCACUAAAAAGCGCAAGGGCAAAGCUGUUGCGAACUAUGACGAUGAAGAAAGUGACGAGGAUAAUUACGACAGACAUGAUAACGGAUACGCGAAAGACGACUUUGUGGUCGCCGACGAUGAAGUCGAUGAUGAGUUCGAGGCGAUGCCGCCUCCACGGCGGCGGCGACAAGAGCAAACACGAAUAGCUUUUCCCAAACCGCAGAACGACGAACUGGCCGCGUUGGAUGAGAUUCACAAGGAUAUAAUCACUGCCUUCGUUGAAGAAGCCCAGAAGAAGGGAGAGGCAAUCAAAAAUUCCCUGUCGCUACGGCAGGCAAUCUUUAAUAUUCAAAACUACCGUGCUAUGGCUAUCCAGUGGACACUUAGCCUGGACGAAAUGAUGAAUAUCCCUGGCAUAAACCAGGACAAAGUCAGACGCCAUGGCCAUAAAUUCAUUCCCCUGAUUCAGCAUUUUCAUGCCCGGUAUCAGGAGAUCAUGCCUUCAGUUGGGAGGCGUAGGGUAGCAGUGGAUACUGGUGAUGUGAGUGUAGUCGAUCUUGUAUCGACUGAUGAGGACGAGGAUAUAUACGAUGUAGAGUUAGAAGAGGACAACGGACAAGACUCCAAGUAUUUCUCGGGCCCGACUCCGGCUACUCCACCCGAUGUGCAAGCAUGGAACGCCAAUCUGGAGAGACUGGCCAAUGCCCCCAAGUCACCAUCCUCGUCACGCGCACGCCCCAACUCUACAUCCACGUCCACAUUUCGCGGAGGCAAGAGCUUUAGCCGCGGAGCGAAGCGGUCUUUCGCCCGCAAGGGUUCAGGGAGUUUCGGCGGCAGGGGUAAGAGUAAUGCUGGAGUUGCUAAUAAGAAGGCGCCGAGCAAGAGGUCUUCGAGUGGAUUUACCAGGGGAGGAAGCGGUAGAAAUGGCGGCGGCGGCGGCGGAGGGAUUGGUUUGAUGCCGCGGUGACCGUGGUUGUGACUUUUCUUGCGAUAGGAACUAUACUACGAAUAUUGAUGACGGUGGAGCGAGCUUUGUAUCUUGCAUGGCGUGGCGUCGCAUGGCUGGCGGCGUUUUUUUUCUUCUUUUUUUUUGUCUUCCUUCGAUUUUCGUGGCACGCACCCCUGAGAGAGCUUGACAUCGAGAUUUCCAUCCAGUGCGAGCAUGCAGACAGACACAGACAUGACAAUAAGGCGCCCUGGGAAGAGAAUUUGGCGUCGCGGGUUUGGUUGCUUGAAUUGUAGUCUUGAGGCUGGCUACAUAAGUUACAUGCAUACAUACAUACAUGAUCUCAGGGCGGUGUUAAUAUACACACAACCCAG